AUGAAGCUCGCGACGUGGUCCAGAACCGCGCCUUACGUCGUCCUCGCGGCGUCCGCCGUGCUCUUCGCCGCUGCUGUCACCAUCCGCUUCACCAAUCCAGACUUGGCGAGCUGCACGCCAGAGGACUUGGGCGCGGGGCAGAAGGCCAGUGGCGCGCAAGGCAGCGAUGAGGCAUCGCGGUUCCUGAUCAGCAACUUCGGGCUGCCCGGGCCCGUGCCGUGGAAGUGGAUCCGCAAGAGUGUUCAAGAUCAGUUCACUCUGGACGGCCGCGUGCAGGUGAAGAACCGGUUUGUGGAUGCGGACGCAAAGGACUCGGGGGCCAAGCCAUAUGUGUGGUCCACCAAUGGCAUCGACCAACAGGCCGCCAUGGCCCGCCGCCGCGACACCGGUUUUGGAUCGUACGGGCCGAACGUGACGGCUUCAUUCUACUCGGCGUUUGAGAAGUACCCGCUGGCUGGGAAAAACGUGCUGAUCGUGGGCAGCCAGUGGCCGUGGGUGGAGGCGAUCUGCCUGGGGUUCGAUGCGCACGCCAUCACGACGGUGGACUUCAACCGCCCCGUGGCGUCCCACCCUCGGCUGCGGCAGCUGGUGGUGGGCGAGCUGGAGGGCAGUACCGAGACGUGGGACGUCGCCGUCUCCUUCUCCUCCCUCGAACAUGACGGGCUCGGCCGCUACGGCGACCCCAUCAACCCCAACGGCGACCUCGAACGCAUGAAAAAGAUCAAGGGGCUGCUGAAGCCAGGAGGGCUGCUGUUCCUGGGCGUGCCAACAGGCAACGACACACUGUUGUUCAACACCCACCGCAUAUACGGGCCCAUCCGCAUGCCGCUGCUCAUCGCAGGCUGGCGCAUGCUCGACGUUUUUGGGGUCGACAGCCUGGAAAAGCUGUACCGAAUUGAGUUUCAAGGGAUCGACGUUGUUCAGCCGCUCCUUGUGCUCCGUCGUGAUUAG